GUACCUUGUACAAAGAAUUUUUUCGAAAAGCACAAUGUUGGGACUUUUCAGUAGAACUUUGGCAAAAGUGAGGACAGUGAAACCCACUAAUAUGAUGACAUUCAGUCACUGGUUGAAACCAGGAACUCAGGUUGGUUGCAGAGGCAUUCAUCAGCAGGACGGACUGCCCCGUCUGCCUGUUCCUUCACUGAAGCAGACCUGUGAGCGUUAUCUCAAAAUUCUGGAGCCCAUUAUGGGGAUGGAUGAGCUGAAUGACACAAAAAAGGUGGUGACCGAGUUUCUGAAAGAAGGCGGGGUUGGAGAGAAACUACAGGAGGGCCUGGAGAAGAGAGCAUGCGACACUGAGAACUGGUUGACAGAUUAUUAUGUUCAGAAUGAUUAUCUGAACACUCGGGAACCUGCAGUGAUUCACAGAAAUCCUGUACAGGUCUGUCCCCGAAAGAUCUUCAGGGAUAAGCGUGAACAAAUAAGGUUUGCUGCCGAGUUUAUAGUUGCUCUGUUGAAUUUAAAGACAACAAUUGACAAUGAGGAACUACCAGUUGACUACAUGAGAGGGAAGCCACUGUGUAUGAAGCAGUAUGAGAAGGUGAUGUCAAGCUGUUGUCCUCCUGGUCUGAAGACGGACACAUUGGUAUUCUAUGGCAAGAGCUCCAACCCUCCCAAACACAUCACUGUGGUUCACAACUGCCAGUUCUUUGUGCUGGACGUGUACAACAGUGAUGAGAUGCCGCUGACAGUUGGCCAACUCUGCGUUCAGCUGGAGAAGAUUUGCAACUCAUCGUCACUGACCAACAUGGAGCCUGUGGGCAUCCUCACUUCACAGCACCGUGACAUCUGGGGCAAAACCUACUCUAACCUCAUGAAGGAUAAGACCAACAAAGAAUCGUUGUCAGCUGUUGAAAGCAGUAUCUUCGCGGUGUGCUUGGAUAGAGCGAUGCCCCCAGUGCCUGAUGACAUGUACUGCAACAGCGUUAUUCACCACAUACUGCACGGUGGAGGAAGCCAAUACAACAGUGGAAAUCGUUGGUUCGACCAAGGGAUUCAGGUAAUUGUUGCAGAGGAUGGAAGUUGCGGUCUAAAUUUUAUGCACACAAAUAUGGAUGGAGAAGUCUCCAAUAAGUUUAUUGGCUAUGCUAUGGAAUACAUGAAAAAGCUACAGACAACUCAGUCUUCCAUGGAGGCUUUGCCCAAUCCACAGAAACUGCACUUCAACAUCACACCUGAGAUAAAGAAGGACAUCGAAGAUGCCAAGCAGCACAUUGACAUACUGAUCCAAAACCUGAAUGUGACAUAUACAAUCUUUGAGCACUUUGGAAAAAAUGCCAUUAAGGCCUACAAGAUGAGUCCUGAUGGUUUCGUUCAAAUGGCUGUACAGCUGGCCUACUACAGGAUGCACCUGCAGUGCUCUAUUCAACUGGAAUAUGCCACCCUGCGUAUGUUCAGACUGGGAAGAAUUGCUACAAUGAAUUCAACUUCUACUGCCUCCGUUGCCUUUGUCAAGGCCUUUGAUGAUCCCAAAACAAAGAUUUCAGAGAAGGCUGAUUUAUUGAGGAAAGCUAUAACAGCCCACAGCUCUUUCACUGACAUGGUAAGGAGUGGCCAGAACAUUAAUGAGCACUUGAUGGGUCUUCACAUGCAGGCUGUUGAGAAAAAAAUCCCCCUCUCUGAAAAGAUCUGGCCUGGUAAAGCCUACAACCUGGACAUUUCAGCAACUCAGGGGACAUCCAUGAAUGGAUUUUUAGGAACAGCUGGGCCUGAAAAAGCUGGCCAAUACCACUUGAUAUACAAUAUAAAGGACGACCACAUAAACUUAAUAAUGACCUACCUGCAUUCUAAUACCAACAAAGGAGAUAAUGUUGCACAGCUGAACCAGGCUUUGGUGGACACACUGCUGGACAUGAGAACAAUGCUUGAUCUUCAUACAGUCGACACCAAGACAAACGUAAAGCAAUAGAUUUGUACGGCCGUGAAAGAGGUUGUGCUUUUGCAUUUUGUGACACUUUGGACAUGAAGGUUUCCUUUUUUAACUUUUUAAGCACUAAAGUUUUCUGUUGUUUUGCCUUUGGAGAUUCCUGUUCUACUCUGUAGUUUUGUCCCUUGAGUGCACCCCCUCUUCUUUAGCUGCCCUGAUUAUUCAGACCUUUUCUUCAAAUCAUUCACACACAUUCCGUCCUCCUUCAGAUUUUAGUUCGAUAAAAGUCAGAUUUUUAUCGAACUAAGACAAUACGUCACUUUUCUUAAUGUCAUGUAAACAUGUUAGCCUGACUGAGAUUGAGCUUGCUAUUAAAUGGCUCGAGGCAAAUUAAACCUGA